UGUGACAUAUAGUACGAUUGAAAUGACUGGAGAUAUUAGUGUUGCUGGCACUCAAGAUAUCAACGGUGUAAAAAAGACCAAGAAGCAAUGUGGAACCACAUGUUCGUUGCUUCUACUUGUAAUCUCAUACAUGCAUCUAUCGUUUAUUUUAUUUAGUGUUGUGUUUCUAUAUCGAGCUCCACCGUUAACUUGUUUGAGCAAGCAAGAUGAGGAUAACAGCACAACAGAUUAUCACGGUGCUAUAUUGGAAUGCAGCUCAAGAGAAAGAAGCGAUAACUUAACAGCAAUCGCGAAUGCCACUUGGCCAUACGAUCGUACUGAUAACAUCACGGGACAUCAAUCUGAUAUCUUGUAUGAUCGGUUUUGUGAAAAUGGCUGGACAUUCGAUACAAAAGAGGGGAACACAGUCGUGUCUGAGUUUGGUUUGGAGUGCACAGCUGCAUGGAAACGACCAACUUUACAGUCGUUGUUUAUGGUUGGACUGCUGUUAGGAAGUUUAUUUGGUGGAGCAAUAUCAGACAGGUUUGGUCGCAAGUAUACAUUUGCUGCUGCCUUCAUUAUACACGGAUGUCUCCAUUUACCAUUGUCAUUCACCACAUCGUACGUGCAAUACAUCGUUCUACUUCACUUCACAGGAAUUCUUCAUAUAGUGCAAUAUCUGGCUGGUUUUGUUCUAGUGCAAGAAUUGGUUCAAACUAGCAAGCGAACCAUCGCAGCCUUGGCUGUUAAUGUUAGCUUUGGACUUGGGUAUCUCAUUGUACCUUUGGUCGCUUAUUUCAUCCGUGACUGGCGUUGGUUUCUUCGCUUCUACACGAUCGCAUGUGUUUGCUACUUUCCAGUAUUAUGGUUUAUCCCCAAAUCACCAAAAUGGGUGGCCUAUCGCCCAAGCGAUAAAUUAACAAUAAGAAAUGCUAAAGAAAACGAAACUUUUCUAGGUGCAAAUAACAAUGUUAAACAACUAGAUUCAGAAAAGAAACCGACUCGUACUAUAGACUUAUUGAAGAAACCCAUUUUAAGGAGACGUGUUUUGAUUGUAUGUUGGCUAUGGAACGUCAGUUUUCUUGGGUUUUACACUCUUAGUUUAAAUACAUCUAAUUUGGGCGGAAAUAUUUAUCUUAAUUGCGUUUAUGGAGCCCUUGUUGAUAUCGUGUCUUAUGUUACGACUGCUUUAAUUCUAAGCAAGAAAGGACGAAGAAGUUCAACCGCAUUUACAAUUGGUAUCAGUGGAAUUAUGUGUUUAAUUACACCAAUGUUAAGGAAUGCAAACGUCAACAUUGGAUUAGCAAGUGCUAUGAUAGGGAAGUUUUUUAUUACAACUGCAAUGAGCAUUGUCAUCUUGUACACUGGUGAGCUCUUCCCGACUUUACUAAGAAACACAGCCUACGGAAUAGCUUCAAUGACAGCAAGGAUUGGGAGCGCCAUUUCUCCAUUUAUAAUAUUUGCUGGUGAGACCAUGAACUUAUCCAUACCUUUCUAUGUGACGGGUUGCCUUUCAGUUUUGUCUACUUUCUUGAUCAUUUGGUUACCCGAGACUAAAGUUACCGGUUUGCCAAAUACAGUGGAGGAAGCGCUUGAACUUGAAAUAUAUAGGACCAAGUUUUCUGUGAGAAAACUAUCAGCAUCUUUCCGAAGAAAGUCAGAAGCGACUACUAUAGACACCGCAGCAUAAUAAACUUACAAGAAACUACAAUAACUUUAACUUUACCGUGAGCGGUGUCAGUGAACUUUUUUGGUUAUGCGAAAAUGAGUGAUAGCGGGUUAUACCUGUUUAAUUCUAAAUAAUACAAACACAGAGAAAACCACCAAACCUAUUCUUCGAUAUCUGCAACGCUACCUAUAAGCUGGGGGCUGAUUAUAGUUGGUUGGGGGGAGUUGGGACACUUUUAGCACAUAAUAUCCAAAUAUCCUGAUCGUGUUUUAAACGGUUUAAUGGUGGGAGUUGUGAGCAUAUACGGUUUAAAAAUUCUUUAAAUGUUCUUUGUUUACUACCAAAUGGAACGAACAAAUAGAAUGAAAAUGUGUCCCAUCUUCCCUGCUAUAUACAUAUACAUAUAUAUAAUAUAUAUUGUGUAAUUAAACAUGGGCAUCAAAAAU